AUGGCUGAACAAAGGGCAGAGUUAGGGGACACGAUUCUUCUUCCAAAUCAGACCAUUGCUGUGGGGGGGCAACUCACGACUAGCCUUGCGAAGUACGCGUACUCCAUAUGGCUUUUCGCUGUGAACGACCUUCAGACUAUCGUUAUUCCAAGUUUGAUCUUCGGCGUCACGAACGCUUCAGCUGAGAAAGACCUCUUCCUUUGGCGUUCCUCUCUGGUCCUGGCUUGGCUGUGGCUUAACCUUGUUUGUAUCUGCAUCGACAACCAGCGAAAUGAUGCUGCUAUAGCUGAAGACAUCGUCGAUAAGCCAUGGCGGCCUUUACCAGCGCGAAGACUCUCGCCAGACCAAGCAAAGACUAUCAUGAUUUUCUGUUGGGCUGGAGCACUGCUAUUCAGCGGGUGUUGUAGUGGCGGAACCGGACCCGCGAUAGCUCUGGUAGCUGCCAGUUAUGCUUACAAUCAGCUGGGUGGUGGGGACUUUCUCCUGUCGAGGAAUGUCUUGAACGCUUGUGGAUAUUUCUGUUUCAACCUGGGAGCGACUGAGAUCGCCCUUGGGGAGCGGGCAUCGACGUCAAUGGGUACCAGUUCCGACCCGCUCCAUCAAUCUCUUUUACCCGGUGUGCGUUGGGCUCUGAUUGUCAGCGCGGUCAUUAUGAGCACGAUGCAUAUCCAGGAUAUGUACGACCAGGAAGGAGAUGCGAUGAGAGGACGCAGGACAGUUCCCCUCGUCAUAGGUGAUCUUCGCGCUCGCUGGACUCUCGUGAUCUCGAUGAACAUUUGGGGCCCUCUCAGUUGCUACCUCGCUGGUAUCAACAUCACCGCUCCAAUAUUCGCACUGAGCUGUGUCCUGGCCCUAACGGUGGCGAUGCGUCUUUUUGCCUUUCGAGAUCAGAGCCAGGACCAGAGGACGUUUCGUGUCUGGAAUGUGUGGAUUGCUGUUAUUUAUAUCAUGCCCCUAUUUGGUACCUGUCAGCUAUCGCGUGGGUAG